UGGUGACGAGCCAGUGGGAGGGAUGGGGGGGGGUGCAAGAGGGAGGUGGAGGAAGACUGAGGUGCACAAGCAGUGUGUAUGAGGCAGAGAGCAAGUGACUGAGCAAGAGAGUGAGAGGGUGUUUGUGAGUGUGGGAGAGAAAAAGAGAGAGAGAAACAGUAGUGAUGAUCGACGCCAGGCUGCCACCACUCUGUAGCAGUGAGUGGCUGCAACAAAAAGCACAGAAUAACAUCCCUGACUCCCUGCUCUGCUUUUUUCUCUCUCCCUGCGUCUCAGCUAGCAGACGAGGGCUCCGCUCACAGCUCUGCAGAGGCUAUGCUGAGACUGAGCCGGCAUUGGAAGCAGGAUCUGUGGCUGCCAUCAACAAGUUAGGGUUGGAAGACCACAGCCAUGAAGGAGGAACGCUUGAUCUUCAAUUAACCAUCUGAGCUGACAUCAUUGCGGUGGAAGGGAAACAAAAGGGUAAAAAAAAGAAAAAGAGAAAAAAAGCAGAAGGGGAGGGGGGGUCUGAUCACCGGAGUCGCUCUGGAUGCAACUGAUCAACUUAAAAAAAUAUAUAUAAAUAUUUAUUUCACGGAUUCGUGGGAUGAAGGAAAAGAUUCAACCGUUCUAUAAGCUUGGAUUUUAAAGGACAAAAUAACAGGAGUACACAUCAUCUUGGGACAUGGAAUUUCAUAUUUUGUUUCAAUUGGGUGGGCUCAGAAUUGCUUUAUUUCCAAAGAGGCUGAUUCCUUUUGUGCUUACUCAAAAGGGUUUUUUCCCUUUGGAUUUUUCUUCCAUCUGGCUGCUCCAAGAGUCUGCGGAAAAGGACAGUUGAAUGCAGCCUCCGAUGUGCACAAAAGAAUGGGUUUCCAUUCAAGGUGGCCAUUGGUGGGACCUGCACCAGCGGCUCUGUGUCUGUGUGUGAUCAGCAUGCUCCUAGUGUGCCUGCUCCCUCCUGCAUCGUGCACAACCUGCCCUCAAAAAUGCCGCUGUGAGGACCUGCAGUUCUACUGCGACACCCAGGGGCUUCAGGCGCCCCCAGAUGGUGUGGACAAGGGGGCCCUGGGGUUGUCACUACGCCACAAUAGCAUCAUUGAGCUCAGCCCUGAUCAAUUCUAUGGCUUCAGCCAGCUCACAUGGCUACAUCUAGACCACAAUCAGAUUACCACAGUACAAGAGGAUGCCUUUCAAGGUCUCUACAAGCUGAAGGACCUAAAUCUGAGUUCCAAUCGUAUCACCAAGUUGCCCAACACAACCUUCAUCCACCUCAUCAAUCUCCAGAUACUGGAUCUGUCCUUCAAUCAGAUGACUGCAUUGGAACCUGAGCUGUUUCAUGGACUGAGGAAGCUCCAGAUACUCCACCUCCGCUCCAAUUUACUUCGCACCACACCUGUUCGGGCAUUCUGGGACUGCCGCAGCCUGGAAUAUCUGGGCCUAAGCAGCAACCGUCUACGGAGUUUAGCACGGAAUGGAUUUGCUGGGCUAAUUAAGCUUAAAGAGCUCCACUUGGAGCACAAUCAGCUGACCAAGAUCAACUUGGCUCAUUUCCCCCGCCUUGUUGCCCUCCAGUUUCUGUAUCUGCAAUGGAAUAAGAUCAGUAACCUGACAUGUGGCAUGGAGUGGACCUGGACCACUUUAGAGAAGCUGGACCUCACAGGAAAUGAAAUUCGUGUUCUGACACCCGAUGUGUUUCAAACGCUGCCAAAUUUAAAGAUUUUGCUGCUGGAUAACAACAAACUAAGCAGUCUGGAUCCCCAAGUUAUGGAUAUGUGGCAGUCUCUGGGUACCGUUGGGCUGUCUAGCAACCUUUGGGAAUGUACCAAAAGGAUUUGCUCUCUGGCCACUUGGCUAAGCACCUUUAAGGGAAGGUGGGAACAUUCCAUUCUCUGCCAUAGCCCUGAAUAUGCCCAAGGGGAGGAGAUACUUGAUGCUGUUUAUGGAUUCCAGCUUUGCCAGAAUUUUUCAGCGCCGGCUGUUCAGACCAUUAGUACAACCACAGACGCAACAAUACCCGCAGAGAUCACAAGCUCCUUGUUUGGAAUUAUGCUGCCGACCCCCACGCAGGACUAUGCAGAGGAUUUUGGGAGCUUUACCACAGUCACUACCACAACAACCACAACACAAACACCACGCACUGCUCAAGCAACAACCACUACAUUGGAAGAGGCAGCUGUAACGGAGGACUUCUCGGCAAUGGACAACACUAUUAUGACUCAUAGGGUUAUCAUUGGAACUAUGGCCCUUCUGUUUUCAUUCUUUUUCAUCAUUUUCGUUGUGUAUAUCUCACGGAAGUGCUGCCCUCCCACCCUGCGCCGGAUACGCCACUGUUCGGCUAUUCAGAACCGCAGACAGAUGAGGACCCAGCAGCGGCAACCUAUGGCAGAUCUAGCUACACAGGUACCCUAUAAUGAGUACGAACCCAGCCAUGAAGAAGGGGCACUCGUGAUCAUCAACGGCUAUGGGCAGUGCAAGUGUCAGCAACUGCCUUACAAAGAGUGUGAAGUAUGAACUCUUAUUUAUUCCUAGAGCAUAUGGUUUGCCAUUUGACCAUUUCAGAUAAUACAGGGUUUGCUUUUUGGAUUUUUUUUUCCAGUUUAUGUAAAAAGCAUAAUUUCUACAAGUGAGAUUUGAGAAUAUGUGAGAAAUGUUGAAUGCAACAAUGAGAAGUUUAACAAGACCGUUUAGGGAUGAUGUAGAGAUAGUCACAAAUUUAUUUUUCUAUGAAUGCAAAGUUGUUCAUAUCAGGCAGGGGCAAUCAUUUUAAACAAGAAAAUUGUAAACUGUGAGAUUUGUCUCCACAAUGUCUCUAUAUUCUGCAGUACAGAGAAAAUACUUAGCCAAACGGCCCUCUGCUAACAGAAUACAUUAAGUGGAGAAAUGUGAUUUAUGUCUAUUUCUUUUAAAAAAGUAAAUAUUUUAAAUCAUGUUUCCAACUGCACCACAGGCAAUCACUCAAUCACCAGGGCAAAUUAAUUGGAUCAAUAAUCAGAAUGCUUAUGUUUUACAGUUCCAUGUUGAACAGAACUAUGACACAUUAAAGGCCACGAAGAAAUAAUAAAUGGAAUUAUUGUUACAAAUAAACCCUCUUGAGGAAAGAAGAACCCUGACAUCCUAUUCAGUAUACACUAAUGAGAUCACAUUUACUAAAUCAGACAUGAGUCAAUUAGGCAAGUAUAUAACCUUCACUCAGAUCAAAUGGCUCUGUGUUUCUCAUUUAUUUGGGCAACCCCCCUCCCCUGAAAAAACAGCUGCCCUUGGCCAAAAAAGGGAUUUUUUUCUCUUGUUUUUUGGAAAUUUGGAUUUCUUCCAAAAAUUCUUCUGUGUGGGGAAAUGCAACUAAAUGUUUGUACUGACUGAAAAGACUGCCAACAUGGUCAAUUUAUGUUGAGUUAUAUAUUGGAAAAAUUACCUCUUUAAUCAGACGUUAGCUCGUAAAUGCAAUGCUGUAUUGCAACUGACUGAAGCUGUUGGAUGUUGGAGCUCCUGCCCACGAGGGCUAACCACCAGAAAUAAAUUCUCAACCUGUGGGAAACACUAAGCAUUGUUCAUCUGUGGUUAAUCUCCAAUAUACUACAGCACUUAACAAAAACGCAAGAACGUCUCACCUUGGACAUCCAAGAACAAAAUUAUUAGACUUUUAAAAGUACAAUGACCUGUAACAUGGAUUCUCUACAUCCAAAAUACCACAUACACUGUGAUCAUAAUAUUUUCAAUAGCUUAACCUAGUAAGUAUAGUUAGCUGAUUUGCUAUUACAUACAAGGAUCAAUAUAAAGACAAGCUACUGUGAGGUGUGAGGAUAGCAAUUGAAAGGGUAAUGAACAGCGCAAAUGCCAGACAGGAGAGCAUUUCACUCUGAAAAUAAAACCUUUCCCAGUAGCCCAGUCUCUUUACUGCUUACACACUAAUCAGGACUGACAGGCUCAAGAUUGAACCAAUUAAGGCAAGGCAAAAAGAAUCUAAUAUUCUGUCACCCACACCAGUGAUCCAGCAACAUUUAGCUUGUUCAGACACUCAAAAAUAGUUCUAGUAGAAUCAUCCUCCUCAUCACACUAAAACAUCAUUGAACCUUAUAAUUUAAAUCAUUCUUAGUGUUACGGAUACAGACUUGUCAUUUACGGUCUUACUGUGAAUAACAAAUAUUAUAUCCGAUCCGUGAUUAGCAGUCACUAGUGUCAAGUUAAACUGCGGUCAAUACCCUGAAAGCAAAUGGAGAUCCAGUGAUAAGCAAACAGCAAGCCUGGGUCAGGACACAUUUGUAUGCAGCAGGGAGAGGAUGUGCAUUAGCAUCAGACUAAAGCUGCUGCCGCAGCUCCGCACUUCUUUGUGUUCAGUUUGGUGGUGGGGGCAGGGUGAAAGAGAUAGGGAUUGGGAGGAAUUGAUGGGACGAUAGAGAGGGGCAGCUAUGGGGUAAUGACUUAGUUUAUUAAAACCAACCAUUCUUUCUGGCCAAGUAAAGGUGGUAGAGAAUGGAAUGAUAAAUACUGACAGACAGCACCUUGGGCUUGAAAUGCACACUGACAACACAGCAAACAUUGGAUAGCUCAUGUGUUGACUUGUAGUGAAAAUGUUGCUGAACAGUGAAAAAUUCAAGUAAAAUUCUUAACACUGGACAUCAGAAUGUGUCAUUUCUGGAUAGUUCAACUUUUGGCUAUACUUAAAAAAGUCAGCAUUUAAGAUGGCAAGAUGCAAAGCACAGCACCUUGAUGCGAGAUCCGGUUUUGAGCAAUUAGGAUAGAGUUCGUUGGCUGGUGCCCCCUAGAGGUGGUCAGGAUGUACCAUUUGUGGUUUUGUCUCUUUACUGAGCCCGUCAAAAUUUGGCUUCAAACUUCUAAAUGAACGCUUGUGUAAAUGUCUCUCUUCACAUGCUCAUAGGAUGCCUACAACAACUUCUAAGUAAGUGUUUGUGGAAACCAAAAAAUGUUACACUUCACAUUUGAAUUCAAUGAAAAACAUUACAUACACUGAAGCCAAGCACUUCCACUUUGUUUCUAAUUUUGUUUUAUUCCAGCUUCGCACU